UGCUUGACAAAUGUGCUUUCUUCAGUCAGAGUCUCAGGACCAGGUGUUUCUGCGUUGGACUACAGGAGAGACCGCUACCAUGCACAUACUUGUAGUCCAUGCCAUGGUCAUCCUGCUGACUCUGGGGCCCCCUAAAGGAGAGAGUGAUUUCUACGCUCUUUUGGACAUUUGGUUUCCCGACAAGAAACCCCUUCCCACUGCCUUCCUGGUUGAUACCUCAGAGGAAGCCCUUCUGCUGCCUGAUUGGUUAAAACUGAGGAUGAUCCGAUCAGAAGUUUCUCGAUUGGUCGAUGCAGCUCUACAUGACCUGGAGCCUCAGCAGCUGCUGCUGUUUGUUCAGUCCUUUGGCAUCCCUGUGUCCAGCAUGAGCAAACUGCUGCAGUACUUGGAUCAGGCUGUCUCUCAUGACACUCCAACGCUGGAGGAGAACAUCAUGGAUAAGCACUACAUGGCCCACCUGGUUGAAGUGCAGCAUGAGCGAGGGGCCACUGGGGGGCACACUUUCCAUUCCUUACUGAGCUCCUCUCUUCCACCAGACAGAGAUGCUGCCGAAACAAGUAAGGCCAAAGUUACCGUGGAAACGCCGCACAGCUCUGUGAAGAUGAGAGCAGCCAGUCAGCUUCCUGCAGUCGGGCCUGAUGACGAUCUCACUGGCAUGAUGCUUCAGAUAUUCCCAAUGAAAGUGGACCCUCGCUGGCACGGCCCCCCUCCCAGCCAGCUCUCCCUGGCCUUGCAACAGGCCCUUGCUAAGGAGCUGAUGCGGGCCAAGCAGGGCCAGAUCCAGCAGGGAGGGCUGGCUUUCCGGCUCCUACAAGCCAUUGCAGCCCUGCUCACCUCUGCUCAUGCAGGGCCCAUUGUCCUGUCAAUGCACCACAGCCAUGCCCUCUCCUGCCCUCUCAUGCGCCAACUGCACCUCUACCAGCGACUCGUGUCCCAGGACGUGGCUUUCUCCUCACUAUUCCUCAAGGUCAUUCUGGAGAUGUUGAUCUGGUUGGACAACCCAACUGUGGAGGCGGGGCCGCUGAAGACUCUGCUCAAAUCCUUCGCUGGUCAGAACUCAAGCAAACAGAGGCACAAUGAUGUGCGUACAGGUUUCCUCCAACUAUCUGAGGCUUUGGCAUAUCGCAGAGAUGUUGAAGGGCCACUGAGAGCCGUCAUUGCAAUGCUGAAAGCUGGAGACCGAUGUAAUGCAGAAGCUGAGCUCAUUGGGAAAGUGUUACAAGGUCUGAUGGAGGUGAGGUCGCCGUUUUUGGAGGAGCUGCUGUCUCUGUUGAUGACUGUUGGUACACAGAACGGGACGGCCGGCCCUGUUGCCAUGGUGAUCUCCUUGCUGCUUCAGGAGAGUGAGGAGCAAGCAGUGAAAAUGGAAGUGGAUUCUAACAACUCCGAAGUGACAAAGUCUGGACUGAGCUCUGGGCUGUUGGUUGAUUGGCUGGAGCAUCUCGACCCUGAGGUCACCUCCGUGUGUCCGGACCUUCAGCAGAAGCUGCUGUUUGCCCUCAACAGGGCAAGAGGAACCCCUGCCUAUAGACCUUAUCUCCUGGCUUUGCUUACACAUCAGUCAAACUGGUCCACCCUCCUUCAGUGUAUCGGCGCUCUUCUCAGCAAACGCAGGGACUACAAGCUUGACCCAUCAUCCGCCCUGGAUUUCCUGUGGGCAUGCAGCCACAUCCCGCGUAUCUGGCAAGGACGUGACCAGAAGAUCCCUCAAAAGAAAACAGAGAAGUUUGUGCUGCGCCUCAGUUCUGAGGAGCUCAUCAGCCUGGUGGACCUGAUCCUGGCCGAGUCGGAGCUGAACACUCGCGACUCACCUCAAGAUGACAAAAGCAGCUUGAACCAAGCCUCCUGUUCCCUCAUCCAAUCCAGGCUGCCCCUGCUACACUCCUACUGCAGCGGAGAGCUAGAAAACAUCAAGAAGGUCUCCGAGUACCUCAUUAACUGCACCAAGAAAUAUGAGGACAGUGCGAUGAAUAAGCGGUGUCAGAACUUGCUGCUGCAGAUUUAUCUGCACUUCCCCGAGGUCAUCCAGCACGUCACUCUGCCAGAAGGCACCUUCAGCAGUGGGGGGGCUGCGGACGGCAGCAGCUGCAAGGUAAACAUGUCUUACCUGUUUG